AUGGUCGUCCCAGUCCCAACAACACCUUCCGGCCCAUCACCACCAGCUGCACCAGAUGAAGCGACCAUCGACUCCUUCCUCGCCUCGCACCCGCUCUUCAUGACCUCCCUCCCCGACGCCGAAAGCGAGGACCCGACGCUCGCGGCGCUCCAGAGUCUCGCGUACGACGGGACGCCCGACGAGAUCGCAUCGAACUUCAAGUCCCAAGGAAACGAGUACUUCAAGGGCAAACGCUUCCGCGAGGCCGCGGGGUUCUACACCCAAGCGCUCGACGCGCAGCCCUCCGACAAAUCCCUACUUGAAGCGCUCCUUCUUAAUCGCGCGGCGUGCAACCUCGAGCUCCAGAACUACGGCCGCGUCCUCCACGACACCGCCCACACCCUCACCCUAAACCCUACAAACUCCAAAGCGUACUACCGCUCCGCGCAAGCGCUGUACGCGCUCGACCGGCUGCCCGAAGCGCUCGACGCCGCGACGCGCUGUUUAACUUUCGAUCCCUCGAACGCCGCGAUGGAGUCGAUACGCGCGAAGGUGCAGAAGCGGAUAGCCGACAAGGAGGCGCGCGAACGCGAGAGGCGAGCGCGUGCUGCAGAGGAAGAAAAGUUGAACGCCGCGUUGCGCGAGCGGAAUAUAUACCCCGAGAAGCUUGAAGAGGGACGGAGUAUCAGCCACGACUACCGCGUGCGCUGGGACGACGAAGACCCAGAUAGUUUGAUCAUCCCCGUCUUCUUCCUCUACCCCCAACACGCCAUAACAGACGCCAUCCCCUCCUUCGCCGAGCACACCCCCUUCACUCUCCACCUCCAGUCCAUGUUCCCGCCCUCUGCGCCCCCGCCAGCGUGGGACGAAAAGGGGGAGUAUACGGCGGAUGGGCUGGUGGUGUAUGCGGUGACGAGAAGGAAGCGGGUGUUGAAGGUCGGGAGGAGGAUGAGUCUUGCGGAUGUGUGUCGGAGUGCUGGGGGGAGUGGGAAGGAGGGGGAGGGGGAGGAUGGGCUGGAGAUGAGGGAUGGCGGGCUGGCGUUUGCGGUGUUGCCGAGGGGGGAGGAGGAGGCGAGGUGGGUUGCGCAGGUCAAGAAGGAGCGCGGGUUCUGA